UCGAAAAGUGUUUGUGCUCUGGGAGAGCCAUUACUUUACCCCAGCACAGGCCAAGCGAUCCAGUGCUCACGAUCUCGAAGAUGUCCUCCUGGAUUUGCGUGCAAACGCAACCCGAACAGCGAUGUGUUUCAUUGCUGCACUGUUCCAAAACCUUUAGCCAUGGAUCAGUACAUCAGUCGAGUCAGAGCCUUAGCGAAAACAAAGGAGCAACUGCAGCAGCACGUCAACUUCUUUUCACCUUCACGCAGAGUUGGCAAGAGACCUUAUUGUCCGAAGAAUCUGGUGCUUCUUGAAACCGAAACGGAUCGAAAACUCACACGACGAUGCCAAUUGAAAUGCCCGCCGACGAUGAUUGCCGUCAACGGAAUCUGCAAACUUGAUCUCACCCGUUCCUCUCUUCGACCAAAAGUGCUGCUCCCAAGCCAA